AUGACGGCGGCCUUUUGCUCCCAGUGGCGCAGUUCUGCCGCGGGGCCGCAGCUCCCUACCGGCCCGGUCUUUGCGGUGCCCAGCCAGCUGGAUGCCCACCGCGAGCGGGGGUUCUCCGGCACGGUUUGCUCGGCCUUAUGCGCCUUCGGCGUCGUCUGCGCCGGGGCGGCGUACCGCAAGGCGCGCCGCGGGGCGCGGGCUGCCAGCCAAGGGCACGUGGUGACGGGGACGCGCCAAGACCUGGCGGGCACGGAUGCGGCCUUCCAGCAGGGUGCCGCGCACGAGGCCCGAGGCCAGAUUGAAGAGGCCCGGCAGUGCUUCCAGCAGUCGAUGCAGGCGGGCUACCCGCGUGCCCGGACGCGGCUGAUCAACAUCGACAUGCUCCUCCUAGACCCGGCGCUUCCUGCAAAAUUGGAGGCCUUGUGGGUGUCGGCUGCCCAGCACUAUGACAGCUUCGAAGCCGAGUUCCUUCGUAGCGGCCAUGUCUCCGAGGACUCCUGGAAGAGCCUGGAAGCUGCAGCAGAAGAGCUCACGGAGCUGGCGAAGUUCAACCUCGGGGAGUGGCGCAUGUAUCAACUUUAUGGCCGGCUGCUGGAUGUCUACACCGUCCUCUCCCGGGACACGAAGCACGCAGCCUUGGCCGCCCAGUGGGCAGUCCAGCGUGCCGUCCACCCCCUGGGGCAGAAUGCAUACGCAACGGAGGAGUCUUCGGAAAAGGACGAUUUCAACCAGGCGAUCACGGCUGCCAUGCUGUACUACCGCAGAAUCGGGGAUCAGGAGCGGCUGCAGAAUGCCAUGGAGUUCGCCAACAACCAUCCGUACGCCGCCACGCACUACGAAAACUCCUGGCAGACGCCCCGUACUUUCCAUCCCGGCUACCGCGGCCAACCUUGGUGGGAGGGUGAUUCCUUCGAGCUGGUGAGGCGAUUGGAGGCAGCCUGGCAGGACGAAACCACACGUGCACAGAUCACGGAAGAGUUGGAUGCUCUUCUCAGCAAGGGCGCGUUCGAGCGCAUCUUCUCCCCUUCAGCACUGGUCGUGCCAGGGUCCGUGGACGAGGACCGGAAUGGUGCCGAGUGGUCUGAGUACCUGCUCUACGACCCGAAGAGCGUGAAGCUUGAUGAGGCGAAGUGCGCUGGCAUCCCAACCCUCGCUGCCCUGGUUCGCGACCCGGAGAACCCGGCCUCGCCCCACCCCGACAUCAACAAGUCCGCGGUGGUCAGCCUCCUUAGUCUCGACCCGGGAGCCCGGAUCAUGCCACACUGUGGGGUGACGAACCGUCAGUUGGUCAUGCACUUCGCGUUGAAGGGCUCGGAUGGAGUGGAGUUCACUGUGGCUGGGGAGACGAGGGGGUACGGUGGCGACGGGCACGCCAUCGUGUUCGACGACAGCUUUGAGCACAGCGUGUUUCAUGCGGGAAAGGAUCGACGUUACAUCCUCUUUGCCAUGCUUCGACACCCGGACACACCGGAGGAUGCUUAG